UUAGUUCUAGUCUGCAGUGGAAGUGCAUCUUUUUGCUAUGGCAAUAUCCUAAAUGUCCCUACCACAGGAGCCUCAUGCCAGACUGCCAAGCAAGACACAUUGCCAUACUGUGGUACAACAGCCUCAGAACGCAUGGCAGAGACUGACUUCAGAAACAUGGAAAAUUAUAAAACAAUAAUACAAUCUGUGGCCUCAAAACUAUGUGUAGAUGCAGCUCUCAUUGCUGGAAUCAUAUCUCGUGAAACACGUGCUGGGGGUGUUCUGAAAAAUGGAUGGGGUUAUGAUGGCAACGGGUUUGGCUUAAUGCAGGUUCAGAAAGCAUACCAUACACUUCGCGGACAGUGGAACAGUGAAGAACAUAUUUCCCAGGCCACAACUAUUCUAACUGACAUGAUCUAUGCGAUUGGUAAAAAAUUCCCGAAUUGGUCAACUGAGCAACGCCUGAAAGGCGGUAUUGCAGCAUACAACGCUGGUGACGAAAACAUCUAUAACAUUGAUGUAGACAGUAUCACUACUGGAGGAGAUUAUUCUAAUGAUGUUAUUGCAAGAGCAAUUUUGUUUAAAUAUCUUGGAUACUAAUUGUGUUGCUGAAAUUGAUUUAAACCUUAUAAUGUAAUUAAGAUGUUUAGCGAAUAUUGUACAAACUUAUUGGGAAAUUGAAAAUUGAAUCAAGGAAUAAACUGUAAUUAAUUCACCAGCUGAACUAUAUUUAAUAAAAACAUUUGAACAGA